CUCACUUCCUUCUUAUUGGAGUCAUCUAAGUUUCACACACAUGAGAGACAAGAACACAUGUUUCUGCUUCAUUUAAUUGUUGGCUGUGCAGGGUCUUAAUUGCUGAAGAGCUUCAUAGAAAUGAGGGAGGGUGGUUCGGCUUCGAACUUGGCGGUCGUUGAGAGGAAGGAGACGCGGAGGAAACCUGGGGGAUGCAUCGGUGUCUUCUUCCAGCUGUUUGACUGGAAGAAGAAGAAGCAGUUCCCCAAGAAACUGUUCCCUCCUGUCACUGCUGCAAAGCGGGUGUUGAGGAGGAUUGGUGGGCAUGAGAAGCUGACUGUGGCCAAGCACUUGCUGGUUCCACAAGAGAAUAGUGGAGGCAUUGCGGCGGUGAAGAGAGCGGAGACUGGCAGAUCAUGUUCUUCUCAAGAUAGUCUAGCUACAGGAAUGUGUACUCCCGGCUUGGUGGCCAGGUUGAUGGGUCUCGAGUCCAUGCCCGUUGCUCACCAUGACAACACAAGACAUGCUUCGACUUCGGAUUUCGACGACGUCCAGUGUCUGAAAGUUGGUUCAAGGCCUCAGAAGUUGCCGAAGACGGGGAGAUUCUUGAAGAACCGGCGGCCUACCGGAAACGCCAGCCGGAUCGGUUCAGACGCUUUGCAGCUCAACAUGAGCUUGGAGCAGCAGCGCAAGCUCGCUCUGCUGUUGAAGAGCCAAAGGACGCCCUCGAAGAGGAAGAAAGCCCGGCUAGUGGAGGUUGCUACCAAGAUCUUGGAACCGGGUUUGCAGUCCAGGAACCGGUUGAAAUUUGGCAUCACCGGUGUGGGCAUUUCGUCGAACAUUGCAGAAGGUUCUGACGCUCCCUUCCUGUCAAAGAAACCUGAUGAACCCUUGUGCUAUGAUUUCCUCCUCGGCUCCUGCACGAGCUGUGGCAACUUGGUGGAAGUGGUCGACUUGAGGUCAACUGACAAUGCUGCACAAGGACUUGAUCAUGGACAUGGUGCUUUGGACUCCGACUAUGGUUCAGCAUCAUCAUUACCAUCAUCAUCUUGUGAUACAGCUGUGCUGGGAAGUGAGAAAAGAGUAAGAACACUUCCAAUUCGAGGGGAAGAUAUUAAGAGGAGUUCUUCACUGAUUACUGCAAAAGGUCAGAGCAGAGCAGCACAUUUGGCUCUUGAAGCUAAGACUAAUAGUGUUCACAGCAGGGAUAGGAAAUGCAGUGUAAGAAAUGAACAGGAUCUGUGCAGGAUGCAUGAGAGUAUUGCUCCCAAGCAGAACAAUUGGAGGCUGAGUCAGUCAACAUUGUCAAAUGAAAAUUUGGUCUCAGGGUCUAGGCAGCAUAGUCGGCAGUGCAACACAAGAGGCUCGAAUGCGGUGAUUGGGACGAAAAAGUUUGCUGCUGCCAACAAAAGCUUCGAGAGUCGGACGCUUGCAAAUUGCAGAACUAGAGCAUCAAAGAAAAAUGUAAUGAAGCUGGGAAAAUGUGAUCUUGAUCAGGAUAACAUGGUUCCUAAAGGAAGACCUAUGAGUAAUGGAGCCUUCAUGAAGCAAAGAAAUCUUAAAAAAGAGUUGGUGAAGUCCAAAAUUUCAGGAUCGAUUGGUAAUCACCUUAGAAAUCGGACUAGCAUUAGAAGUGAUUCACAAGAAGAUGCGAAAGCUGGUGGUGGCAGUAGAAAAAAGAACAGUACAAGUCCUUCGAUGCUUAAUUCACGAACACGGCAAGUAUCAGGGUCUACAUCCCAUCAAAAUAAGGUUGAGAGGAGCAAGGCCUUCAAUGAGCUCACCGGUUGUACUUCUCCAAAGGAACUUGUAUUAAGUCAAGAGAGUGAAAAUUUGUCUUCACAAAAUGAAAUAGAAGAAGAUGCAUUGUUUGCUUAUCUUGAAGAUAAAAUAACAGAUCUGUCCUGUUUGGAUGAGAACAACUUGCAGGCAGAUCAUUAUUUUCCAGGAAUAUCUUCUCUUUCAAUUCUAGAAAGGAUGAUAUCUACACUACUGAAUAGAGGGUCCCCAUCUCCGAAGAAUACUGAUAGAGCGAAAAAUAACUUACAUUUAUCUUGCAUCGAUUCUUCUGACGAUGCCAUCUUUGAUGGACAAAGAGCAAAAACAACUGAAAAAGUUCAGGCAAGUUACAAUUAUUUGGAUAUUCAAGUUAAUUUUCAGACUGGCAUUAAGCUUUCAAAUUUUCUGUUUUGUGCAUUUGCAUGA